UUUCCUGAAGAAGAAGUAACGAAUAUAUUCUUGUGUGGGGGCUCUUCAAAGAUACUUAUGUAAUAACCUAAUUAAAAAACAGAUGCUGCUAAAGAAGAAGCAGCACAGGUUAAGAAAAUGGAGCUCGAAUUAGGUCUGAAGAUCACUAGGGCAAGAGACAACGAUGUCUCUUCCUCUACAGAUUUCAAGGUUUCCAGAGAUUCUUUUGGUCAGCUCUGGCAUUCUAGAGAAACCGAUUCUGUAUUCAUCCUCACUCUUCACCUAAAAGGAUUCAAGAAGGAAGGUAUUGACACUGAGAUCAACAAAGAAGGGGAUAUGCUUACUAUAAGAGGAAGGAAACAAGUUGAAGAAAUGGUUUUGGUCAAGUGGGUGAAGUGGAGAAAGGAACGUGAGAUUAAGGAGUUCAAGAAAGUGUUUCGGAUUCCAGAUAUAGUCAAUCUUGACAAGAUCAAAGCUAGGUUUGAUGAAGAAGACGGGACUUUGACAGUUACAUUUCCCAAGAAAGUUAAGGGAAUAACCGGUUUGAAGAUUGAGGAAGUGGAAGAAGCAGAGAAAACAGAGGAAAAAACAGAGGAAAAAACAGAGGAAAAAACAGAGCUAGAAGAAGAAAUCAAAGAGGAGAAAGAACCUGAGGAAGAAGCAGAAGAGCCAAAGAUGGAAGAGGAAGAAGAAGAGAUAGUGCAGGAACAAGAAACAAGGGAUCAUGAGGAAGAUAGAGAAGAAACCGAAGAGAAAGAUAGUAAACCAAAAAGGAAGAAAAGAAAGAAGUUGUGUUUUCCAUGUGUUGCAGGAUCUACUCUGCUUAUGUCAAUCAUUGUUUUCAUUAUUCAAUUGAUUCAAUCCAAAAGAAAAUGAGACUACUCCUUA